UCCAGCGGUUAGAAAAAAUAGAAUUCCGCCGGAAAAUCGCGUGUGUUAACAGAAGAGAGUUUUGAAGAACAAAUAUUUGAAAAAUAUUUUCGAACCUAGUGUUGUAAAGCAACCAAAGUGAAAAUGAUCAAGAGUGAGGAUGUGUCGGAUCGUUCGGUUACGAUGAUGGAUCAGUUGGGUUACUACCAUGAUCCCCGCGCCCAUACGCAUUUUAGCCAUCAUACCCCACUUACUCACACCCACACUCACAGCCACCCCCAUGCCCACACUCACCCCCAUAACGGGCAUUUAUACCGCUCGGGGAAUCUAUUGCCUGUUGGCAAUUACCAGACAAUGGGUGGCGGAGAAUCACCCACCGAGAUGGUGGAUGAGAAGCCGAAUAUCGGGUAUAUGGAGGUCACGCACACGGCCACACCCGUUUCGGCAGCCCAGUAUUAUAGUCUGAGUGCCCUGCACAGCAUGGGCACCCCGCCGGCCUCGUCGAGUCCCAUACCACCCUAUGGCGUCCUGAUGACGACCCAUUCCGCGGGCUCCGCCUCCCCGCAGUCCAAUUCGAAGACGCCCACGGAUCUGCCGCAGGAUCUGCAGUACGUGAGCUCCUCCACGAAGGCGCAGCCCCUGCAGGUGCAACUGCAGCCGAUGAACCACCAGUAUGCGUCUACCAUAAAGUACUGCUCGAACAACACCAUCCUCAGUCCAUCUGACUACCAAUUGCUGACCAACCACGGCGUGGAGCAGCAACAGCAACAGCAGCAGGUGCAACAGCCUCCACAGCAGCUCCAGCAUUCGCCAAGUGGUGCAUACCUGCCGCAGAUCUCCACCUCGCCUUCGCAGGUGAUCAGCAAUGCCCAUGGGAUACAUGCCUUAAACUACUCCGGCUCGAGCUCUUCGCCUGCUAAGUCCCUGAACGGCUCCGACUCCUCGCCACCCAGCCAGAGUGCCCAGGGAAGUAAGGGAUCGGGCGGUGGAGGUGGCUCCAGUAACCAGGAUACGCCCAGCACUCCAGACACCACCAAGAAGUCAGGCACCCGGCGGCCCGAGAAACCCGCCCUCAGCUAUAUCAAUAUGAUUGGACAUGCGAUCAAGGAAUCGCCCACUGGGAAGCUAACGCUCGCCGAGAUCUAUGCUUAUUUGCAGAAGAGCUAUGAAUUCUUUCGAGGACCUUAUGUGGGCUGGAAGAACUCGGUGCGGCACAAUCUCAGCCUGAACGAGUGCUUCAAGAAACUGCCCAAAGGCAUGGGCGUAGGCAAGCCGGGAAAGGGGAACUACUGGACCAUCGACGAGAACUCGGCGCAUCUGUUCGAAGAUGAGGGCAGCCUGAGGCGUCGACCAAGGGGCUACCGCUCCAAGAUCAAGGUCAAAUAUCCCAAUCAUGCCAAUGGAUACUUUACUGGCAGUUACGGUGAUUCUGGAAUGGAUAACGCGAACUAUUACGCCUCGCCCGCGUUCGCCAGCUACGACUACGGUUCACCAGGAGCCAACGGAGUCUCACCGGCUGGUGGUCAAGGAUUCGGGGAUCCCUGGAACGCCCAUGCCGCCCACAGCGGCCCCUCUUCGGUGGGCAUGGGCGUGGGAGUGGGUCCCCUGCCCCAAUACUCCUGCCUGGCAGCUGGGGGAAAUCUCAAUGGAUCCGCCUCCACACCCCCACUGGCCCACUCCUCUUUGGGGACCCUGGCCCCCUCGGCACCCCCUUCAAGUUCGCCUCUGGGAUCGGCGGCGCUUCAAAGUGAUUAUGCGCCAACCGCGAGUCUCGUGGCCGCUGGCUAUUCCUAUGCAACAAGUGGCGGCAGCCUGGAAAACGGUAUCCGCUCGAUGUCCCUGGAGCAGUUGCCCGGAUUAUCCAGCAUUCAACAGGCUCAAGCCCAGGCCCAAGCUCAGGCGCAUCAUCAUCACCACCACCAUCAGCAUCACCAUCCAAACCACGGAUCAUCCAUUCACCAAAAUCACGCAUCCAUGACACCGCCGCCAUCGCAGUCCGGUGGCAACCAUGUGAUCGACCAUUCGCCCAUUGAUCGCAAACCGGUUUACCUGCCGCCCAUCACUCCGCCCCCCACUUCGCUUGCUCUGAAUGGAGGCGGUGGUUAUUACGAGAGCCUCAAGUACUCCAAUUAGGCACCCCAACUGGCCCAGCAUUCAUCAUAAUUACCUCAAAGGAUACAAUAAUCACGUUUAAUUAGGCUCUAAAGUAGUUGCA